GAAGUAUAAAGAGAAUAACAUGGUGUCCCAGUGGCUGUUUAUGUUUACUUAAAGAAGAGAUUUGUAAGGGCGUUUUGCAAGGCACAACGGACUUUUUCUUUAAAGCUGCAGAGUUUUUGUUGCACUUUACGUUUUUUUAUGUUGAGAUUUACACGGCCAUUGGCAUGUAAAUCUUUUAUUUCACUAAUGUGCCAGUCUUACAAAUGGAAAGGGGGCUUCACUUUGGCAUUUCCCUCGUGCUCCUGCUGUUGCUGAAAGCCCUCAUCGGAAUCGGGACCUCGCAAACUCAGGGCUCCGCUGUCGGGAGGGAGCCGCUGUCCGCCACCCGGGGUUCAGGUUCGACCUCGGGGGAAGAUGGUGCAAGAGUCAUGGAACAGGGCUUGGAGAACCUAGGCGCCCCGGUCAUUUACGCAGACGUUACGGUGGAGGACGACGAGAACGGGUCCACCGCAGAAGCCGACGAACCUUAUGGAGAAAGUAACGGAAACGUCCACUCAACGAGGUAAAUAAAUCAAGGAAAUAUAACGGACAGGUAACAGUUAGACAGCAUUUAUCGGGCUCUUGAAAUGUGACUUAGAUGUAAAAGUCAAAAUGUGGUCAAAAAGUUAAAAACAACAUGUAUGUAAACCGUUAAUUCAGUUCGGCUUCAGUUUUAACGGUCAGUUUCAAAUCUUCCAACAUCCAGUCUCGCGCUCUUGGUCGCGUGCGGUAUAUAUCCCUCCGCCCCAGCGCUUCACUCAAAAAAACUCGUGUUUUUAGUGAUUUGCGCGCUUCUACUUUCGUUAUAAGCUUUUUUACUCGACUAGAUUCAUAAAAUGGGACUAUUUAACAAACAAAGCAGUGCUAGUUGGAUGUCAAAGCCCCAAACUUUAAAACUACGUCGAUAAACUGCAAAGUUUCUACGUGCAGUUUGACGCAACUCUUUUGGUAAAGGUUGGAAACGUGACUAACAACAAUUUCCAUCAUUUUCUCAUCUUGUUUUGUUGAAAGUCACUUUUUCGAAGCAGUCCGUGGCAUGUCAGGGCUUAACACGCCCAGGCUCAUUGACGAGAAAGUUUAGGGGGUGAGUCCUCAUGUGCAGAUGGUCUUUUCGCUUGUUUAUAAAGUUUUUUAAAAGGGAAUCUGGGGCAUGUCAUGAAUGGACAUGUCUUGGUCAUGAAAUGGUUUUGUUGGAUAUAUGAUGUGCAUGAACGCCAGACUCAUGUCAGAGUCAGUAUGAGACAUUCUUUACUUAUUCAGGUGGAAAAUGUAGGUUUUGCAGGUGCACCUUGACAGAAAAUGAGUCUGAAAGUGUCUAAAAUAUGUGGAAGUAUGUAAGCCAUACAUAGAGACAAGACUUGAAUGAAAUAAGAUUAAAGGCACAGAUAUAUUUCAGCAUAGAUAUGCGCUUCCAAUAAUGCUGUUAAACUGAAUCUGUGAAAUUAUGUCCUGCAGCUUAUCCAGCUACCUGUGCAGCUGAAUCGUACAUUUGGUUCAAAGUGAUAAAUAUACAUCAGAAGUGUGAUUCGAGGACCAGCAUCUUCCCUGUUUUGUUGCUGGUGUUUCUUAUCAGAUUUGAACACUCUUACGCUUUAACUGAUGAGUUAAUUUAUUUCCCACUUACUAUCACCAGAAUCACAUUAAAUCAAAUGAAGCAUUCCUAACCGCUUAAAAACACAGAUACCGUCUUCAUGGCUUAUCUCUUUGUGGCGGCAGAUAGGCGUAGCUGAGGAAAGUUAACUUCAUAUAAAGUAGGAGUCUGUUUAUUUAAUUAACCACAGUUAAGUUUGCAGGGGAAGGGAGUGAUAAUGUUUGGAGUUAAAAGCUGUGACAAAGUGGCCCCAGAGCAGAGGAAUAACAGUGUUUGGCUUUGUGCUGUUUUGACUGCUGGGAUCUGAUGUUGUUUGAGAAAUUGAGUUUGGAAAGUUGGUUCAUUUUGUGUGAAAUUAAGACAAAGUUAGGGAGAUUGUGUUUUCCUUGCACAUAAAGUGACAAAGUUAAGAUGAGCCAAAGUCAAAAAUCCAGUUUGUGCUCUGCUGUUGCACCAGAAAUACCAAUCAGACAUAGCAGGUGCAGUUUUGACUGUAUGACAGAAAGGAAAUGCUCACAAAGUUUACUCUUCAGAGUCCACAGGUUUACAGACCCUCCUGCUGCCCAAACUCAGAUGCAGUUCUUGGUGCAGUGGGUAGGGCAUUGAUUUUGUCUUCCUUGGUAAACAGUAGCUUUGACGCCCACCUUAAACGCUUGGCGCAGUGUGUUCCACAUGAUGUUACCUCUCCCUGCCAUGCUGUUUUUUUUUUUUACACCAACACUAUCACUGAUACCUCGGCUGUGGAGCAGCAGCCUCUCGUGGCUUUCUCGGUGUUGAAGCACAUCAGGUCAAUCACUCAGCUAUUCUCUGUGUAGUUUUAUAAAUGAGCUGUCUGCUUUUCAGGAGAGAGUUGGAUCAAAGUCGGUCGAAAACACUGUGAGAGUCGAAGCUAAUGGAGUUGGAUACAGUUUGUUACUCGAAUCCUCAAACUUGCCGUGACUGUAUCUACUUCCUGUAAAAUUGCAGUUUCUGUUCGGUGUAGAGGCACAUAGAAAACCCUUCUGACAAACCAAAACAAAAGUCAGCUAUGUCAUGUCUUCAUUUUGACUUUGAGUUUUAUUUGUUCUGCUUAGGAAAGAUGUGUGCACCAGCAAGGGCAAAAACAACUUAUCUGGAUUCAUAUGAUAGCCAAAUAACUUUGCUGAAAGGGGAAAACACUGUCAUCAGACCCGAUAAGGCUUCUUCCACUUGUCAUCUUCGGUACUAUAGUGAAAGGAAAUCGAAAGUAAUUAGUAGGAGAGUUUGCUCCGGCAGAAUUGGUCUAUUCCCUCGCCUGGCACCCCGGCUGCUGCUGCAGGAAAAACUCCUGAGUGACAUCCUGCUGCUGGUCACACCCUGCCGCUGCUCCUUUUUCUGCGUCUGUAUCUGUUCCUACACAGAGUCUGUCUCAGGCUCUCUCUCUCUCUCUCUGUUGGUUUAAUUUCCUCUCUAACUUUAUCACAGUCGGUAUCUCUCACUUUCUCUUUUUCUCCUCUCGGGAAAUUUCUCUCAUAUUAACACUUAACUUGUCACCACUUAUUGGCUUUGAGUCAUCUUCUAUAUAUCACUUUAUUUGUAAUUUGUGGAGAAUAUUCUCUCUGCACUGGACCUUUUUUUUCUGUCUUUGUGAUUUAUUACAUUCAAAAUAUUCAAGAAAUGAAGUUGAAUUAUUAAACACAAAUAAGAGCAUUUUUAUACAAGACUAAUAACACUGAAGAGUUGUACGAGUGCCACUUUUUUAGUCACGUUUGAACGCAAUAACAAGCCGUGAAACUGACAAGUUGAAGUCAGUAAUGAAAGGGAAUUAACAAAGUAGCCUGUGAGGCAUAUACAGCGAGAAUGAACAGGUGAAUAAUUCAUUAAAGAGCCUGUCAGAAAGACAAGAACAUAUGUACAACAUGACAGAUGAAGUGAGAAAAUAAUGAAGUUGUGAAAAGAGUCUCCAGAUGUCAAAACACAGCGAGCCCCACAAUGACACCCUGUCUCUGAGUCUUUGUUGAGGUCUCUCCUUCUCUUAUCCUCCACCCCCCACCUAUCAUAAGCUUGCCUCUUCCCCAACGCUCUCCCUUACCUUCACACACAUGUUACUUUUAAUGUCACCCCUUGUGUAUAAACCCUGCUCCAUCUCUGUUUCCAUCCAUCUGUCAGGAGAAUUGGGGUUGAACUUUGAGAGUGUCACUGGAGAUGAGACAUGAUUUAAGCGUUUCCCUGAAGAUUGUCCAAUUUAAACAGACAUGACUUCCUUAUUGUCUGAAGGCAAACUUGCAGCAGAAGCUAAAACGUCUGUGAGAUAGAGAAUGUCAAAGCUGUCAGUCUGUCACAUUUCCCCCUCACCUACUGUGACCAGAGCACCUCCUCACUGUCCGUUUAUGUCACCAGAUCUUUGACAGAAACUUAUAAUUAAGUCAAAACACACCAUCUUCUUCUUCUGUGUGUGACUCUGUGCGACAUGUUGUCAACAAACACCCCUAAACUGCAGGGAAACUUUUCAUCUGUCAUUUCCUUUUGACUCGAUUUACGCCGCAGUUGAGACCACAUGCUGCCGUAAAGGCGAGUGUAGGUGACCCAGUUUGUGUUUUCCCCAAGAGAAGAGAUUCCCUAAUACUGCAUGCUUUUGUUUUGCUUUAUUUCCUGCAUGCUUUUAUUAUGAAAAUGUGUUAUCAUUACUUAUGCUAGGUCGUAAGUUAUGACACUGGAUGGAAUAGUGAAAAGAAAAAGUUGUUCAACGUGUCAGCAGCCUCUCUGAGUUUACAGUAAGCUUUGAACAUCAGUCUGAAAAGUGUCGGCUACCUGAUCACAUCCUUCGUCCUACCUCUGCUUUAUGGCUUGUUGCAAUCAUCAUAAUGAACCACAACCCCCCCCCCCCCCCCCUCCUCCCCCAACAAUAACUAACUAUGUACACAAUAUUAUGAGUUUAUUCUGAGCACAUUAUUAGUAUUUGAUUUUCUUUAAAAGAUAGUGUGACCUUAGACCUCACACAGAAGGAGAAAGGAGGAAACUUUUAACACUUUCUUGGAAGUCAUCGCCCCGUCUUCCAGCUCUCUCUCUCUCUGUAUUCAAGCUUCUUGUCGCCUCUCUCUGUGACCUUUCAGAGUUUUACCUGCAGCUGCUGAUGUUGUUCCAACUCAAACAGACCAGGUCCUGUGACCUGCCACCCUGUGACAAUAUUAACCCACCCUUUGACGCAGGAAAACACUUUAUAGAAGGGAUGAUUAAUGCCAAGUUGCCACACUGAAUGAUCCACUCAUCCCACUCAUGAAGGAUCGUUGUAUCUCUGACAGUAUCAUUACUCUCCCAGCCUGCAUCCCUCCAGUAAAGCCCUUUUGUUUUCUUAAAAAUGAGAUUUUGGAGGGAAAAUUUCAAACACACGCUCUUGAAAACAUUUCACGCGGACAGCUCGUUGAAAAGUCUACGCUCAGAUGUCAACGUUUUUAAGUUCCUGUCAGUCGCAGUUGUUUUUUCCUUUCCCGCUCUCGCCGCCGCCGCCCCCUUUUCGCUGUCAUCUAUAAAUAUUCUAGAUGUUCUCUUUGAUCCAGAAUCAGAUUGAGACGAGAGCUGCUCUCAUACCGGCUGACGGCUGUCACCUCACCUUUAUACUGCCUUCUAUACGUUACAAGCCCCACUCUUGAGACUUGCUGUUUACACCUGUCUUAGUGCAUGUUUAUGCAUGUGUGUGCGUGCGCGCGUAAAUCAUGCAUGUGACGCCGCUGCCAAGUUUGAUGCCGCCAGCGAGCGCUCCUGCGGGGCCUCCAGCACCUGUGGGAGCACUUGGAGGUGAGAGGAGAGAGGACAGCAGCUUUGUUUGAACUUGCUACCCCCGCCGCCACCCUACCCCCUACCCUCUGUGCCUCCACCCCCCCACCCUUUGCACUCCACACACCCCCCUCAGGGCCGUGUAGCAGCAACAGCUCUUCUGGGCCGACAUGCUCGCCGGCUGGCUCUCACCAGCCUACUGCUUAGCAACAGCCAAUCGGCCAAGCUGGGUGACUUGUCGGCCAAUUGCGUCGGAGAGAAGGGCUAGUGUUCAGAAUUUGAGUCCGCCGCAUGGGUCUGGCUAUAGUUAGGUAGAGGAGAAGAUAUUUUUUUUCCUUUUUUUGACAGGGAAGAGUUCAUUUCCUAGUUGUUUUUUCCUCACUUUGUUUCAGUCUCUUCUCGCUGUAACCAGGGAGAUGUGGUGGGUUUUAUUAAUAGAAACGGUCCCCAAAAUAACAGGUCAACAUGAAGAGGAUCGAACUCCCACUGGGAAGUUUAAUCCAGCACUUCAAACUCACUUCUUGAAACUCGGGUCCUUUUGUCGAGCUGGAGUUUUACAGUGGAGAGGUCUAGAAGAGCCGCACAACCCAGUAACCCUUCACAUGAGCUUAUAUAAUCUCUUUUAACCUGUUUUAUCCUCUUUGUCCUCUUCUUAUAUAAGUGUUUUUUUUUCUUCCUGUCUGGUUCCAUUUUUUAUUAAUAUUAAUCUGAAUUGAAUGUGCGCAGAAGUUGACUGUAAACUGAGCAGUACCUGUUGUUGUUGUUGUUGAGACAUGAUGACCUUUAGUGACUUUCUCAGCUCUUGAUGAAGACCGUGUGCCUCAUCAAAGUGCAGAUGCGGCUCAUUUAUGGAGCGUUAGUUUCAUAACUGUAUGUGUGUAGUGACAGAAAUAGUAACCAGCUCUUCAUUAAGAGGAUGCUAAACAACACUGGCUGUGAAUAUAAUUACCAAGAGAAGUGAAUUUAUUAGGUCAGUGGCUAUUUUGGUAAGCCGGCAGGACCCAUCCUGCAGCACUGCAGUAUGGGUGGGGCAGAGGCAGAAAGGUGGGCUGCUCAGAGGGAGGGAGGGAGGGGGGAGAGAAGGAUGAAAACAAGGAGUUAGCUGCUAGUUAGUAGGACCACGCUGUCUUGUUUUCACUCUCGAUGGCUGUUCACUGCUUAGCAACAACGAAUCAGAUCCGCGGAUCAGAGCUGCGGACCGACCAAUCGGCGGGCAGGCAGGAGCGUGGCGCCAUAGAGUUUGGAUUUAACCACGUGUGAGAGGAUAGGAGUUGGAGAGGGGAGCGCAGUUAUGCAGGAGAGAGAGAGAAAGAGAGAGAGAGGGGGUGAUGGCAGCACUGUUAGACGCUGUUUGCUAGUACUAGAAGUUUUUUUUUUUUUCCACAACCACACCCUUUGCUCUGCUGCAGUGACCCUGUUGGAUGUCAGGUUGAUUUUUUUCCUUUAAUGCGGGUCUGUCACACAUGAAUCAUGGAGCACUCCUCAGCUCUUGUGCCAAAGCAGCAAAAACGAUCACUUGUUGUUUUUCGAACAGAUAAAGAGGACAGUUAUAUAAACCUUCAAGUCACAUUAAGCUGCAUUUAAGUGCUGCUGUUAUGUCAGCUGUUAUUAUUAAUGUCUCUUUGGACUCUCAGUGUGACUCCACGGCCAUGUUUCAUCUUAUUAUUUCUGUUUCUUUACAUUUGACAUUGUUAGUCAUGUUUGCAGAGAAAAAGGCAUGGUUCAGUCUUAAAUAUCCUGCACUGAAUUAAGGGAGUAAUACAACUGAAGACUCUUAAAGGUACAUUUUUAAAGUUUCUCUAUUACAGUUUGUUUUUUUUCUUUAUUUUGUUUUUGAUAGACCUGGACCUUACUCUAACUCUAACCAUUUAUUCUAAAAAGAUAACCUUUAUUAACUGUUUGUAAUGUUGGCCUCGUCUUUCAGAAGUACUCCUGUUUAAAGGAAUGCACUCUGCUCUGGUGCAGCUGGUGGUGGUGGUGGUGCUGGGUGCGGCCGGCUCAGAAGAGCUGCAACCAUAACUUUCUCCCCACGUGCUCCCCAUGCUCUCAUAUUUUUGUUCUGCCUCUCGGUGGCUGCUGACUGGCAGCUGCGCGGCAGCAGAACUCCACACUCUAGCGUGCAUCCAGGCUGCUCGCUGUUGCAUGGUUACAGGCUCCUCUGCCCCACUAUUGGCUCAAAGUCUGCAGAGCUUCCCGUGCAUUGGCUAGCCCAGGAGAAAAACACCGCUCCCAUUGGCUGUGGAGAAGUUGCAGACUGCUUCCAUUGGCCGCGGCUCUGCGGCUCUCGCUCCUCGGAGAAUCUGCCUGUGUAAACAUCCUGCUCGAUUCUUUCAAUGGAGAGUGUUUACCAGCAGCAGCAGCUUGGUUUUUGCCGGUGUGUGCAGACUGAGGCUGAGCGUCUCUGAGGAGAAGUGAGUCUGGUGAGAGGGAGGAUAAUUGGCUCCCUGCUCCGCCAUACGCUUUGUGAUUGAAGAAGCACCCUGCACUAUUAUGACACUUUGACAGCAUUACAGGCGGGGACGCUAACAACCCUCGGUCUGCUGGCAGCCUCACAGCUCACUCUUUUUCUCCUCCUUUAUACUCCACACUCCAACGUCUUCUUCAUCGUCUCCCUCGCAUCUGUCACUGAAGCUCCAGCCCCACAGGCUGCGUGUUAUCCCUUCGGUGACAAGCUCAGCGGCGGAGUCUGGGGCUCAGACAUGGGAAAUAAAUUGCCCAGAGUUGUAAAUGAUACAGUAGGGCUGUUUGUUUUGUUUCAGUUGUUUUUAUUGUUGACUUUAGAGCUAUUUUUGUAGCUCCCCUCUCUCCUCCGCUCAUUCUCUCCAUUACCAUCAGGCUAUCAGAGUUGUAGAGUUAAAUCCCCCCUCCCUCCCGACUCCUUCUUUAUCUGGAGUACAAAGAGUCACAAAAGCCUUUGAUCCUCCUCUCAGAAUCAAAUUCUUCUAUCUCUUCUAUCUCAACCUCCUCUCUCAUCUCUGAAGUUGAACUCGAUGCUCUCCCAGACUUCUUCCACUUCUACAUUCACAGCAUGACUUGGAAGAGGGGGCGGGUCCAGCCCGACGAAGACCGCCAAAGCUUCCACCCUCUCAGAGAGCCGACUGCUUAGCAACAACCAAUCAGCCUAAUAUUUUUGGCAGGGUCUCACAGCCAAUCAAGAGGGUGAGAGAAGGGUUUUAGCACUCUGUUGUUAUUGGCGGCUGAGUGGAAAAACAAUGUUUUUCUUAGUACUCUACACUUGAGCGCUCGUGGCGAGGCUGGUAAUGCUGAGAGCAGAUUUGGGGAGAUAAUCUUGGCUUUGAUGGGGCUGAAAGACACAUGGCUCAUUACUGUUAAGCGAUCUUAUUUGCAUUUUUAUGCAAUCUCGCAGCUUUAGUUGAGCAGAAACAAAUAGCUGUGUCCAGAACAGGACGUGUAACUCCCUGCGAACGUGUGAAACAUGAGAGAAAACCUUCCUAAAAUUGAUUUGCACCCUCUGGAACAAUCCAUUUCUUCGUUAUCCUAAAGCUUUUACAUCCCUGAACACGCUCCGACUCCCUCUUGAGUGAAGUGUUCGAUAUGUGAAUCAAUAAGGGAUUAUAGCUAGUCAGUGGCAAUUCACCUGCUCAGUCUGAAUGAUGGAUAUUGCAGGUGAUGCCGGUAAGUAACACAAAGCUUAGCUGACAGUUAGAUAAUGACAAGUUCUCAUUCUUCCUGAGCUUGGGAAACUAACAAGUAUCAAACUCUCCUCUUCCCUCUGCAACUGCUGUCUAGUUGCCCUCGAGGGAGACAUGCCCCAGCAGCCAGCGGAGGGAAGCUCUUUGGCCCCAGCUGUGUGGAUGUGAGGCGGAGGAUGCUCAGAGACAGCGUAUGAGCUCAGCCGACCCUCGCAGGUUAAAUGAAGUUAAAAGCUCCGUCGACAGCGGCGUCUUCCUUCGACUGAUACAAAUCAAUAGUCAGGAGGUGGCCACUGCCAGAGCGAACUCGUGAUUGACAGGCAAUGCGGCAAAACCCCUCAAGUUAGCUGAGGGCGGGGCUUGGAUGUGUCCAUUAAUUCCAGUCAGUCACUGUUUUUUGCCUGGAGUUACCAGACAAGAGAGAAAAAAGUUAAGAUAACUCUGUGUGCACUUGGAUUUGAAAAGAUUUGUACUCUACUACUGAUGGAGGAAAACCUUCAGCACCACCAUCCAUCAUGGCGAUACUUAAAAAAACUUUUCUCAGGGGAGAAGCUCUCAGGCGCAGUGAGAAUCCCUCCCCUAUACAUCAUCUCAGGAAUAACACUUUACACACCAGUGUCUUAUUUUUGGCUGCACUCUGUCUCUGCCAACGGUGCAUCUCAAUGGAUUAAGAAAAUUCAUCAACGACUUUUUACAAAGACGCUUUAAAGUAUUUAAAUAUUUUUACGCCUGGUAGAUUUUUCCACAACCAGUAAGCUACAGUUAGAGCCCGAUUCUGUGUCCUAAUUUGUCCCAGUUUAUAAUCAUCAAUUUAUUGACAAAAGUAUGACCACCUCAGCCACGGCAUAUGGUGACAUGCCCCCUCUCAGCCCCUUACAGCUUGCCGUACUAUGACCUACGAUGUUAUGUACAAAAACAGAAGAUAAAACCAGGUGCAAGUUCAGUUAUACUUAUGGUACAUUGAUUUUUUUUUAACAACAUGUAAACGUACUGACCAGAAAAUCACGCCAAUAAACUCUCUCUUUCUCUCGACCUCAGUUGAAACCUAAAUUUCAUUUAUUUUAACGUUGCAUGCUGUGAUGUUAAAACUUUUUAUUAAGGGUGUCACGAUACAACUUUUUAACUUUUUUUACCAUACCCAUAUUGUAGCCUUCAGUAUCAGCCGAUGCUAAUAUUGAUCCAAUAUCAGCACAAACUUGGGCAUGACAAGUUUUGCACUAUUUCGGACUUUAACGAAAAAUACUGUAACUGUACUACUACUGUAGCUAGAGAUGCCGGAGCGGAGUCUGGAAUGGACUGCUUGUAUCGGAGUGCUGAUAUCAGGGAUUUUAGAUGCAGGCCGACAAAAUCUGAUGUUUGUUUUUUGGCUGAUGUUGGACUGAUAUCUGAUAUCAAUAUCGUAAUUGGGACAGCCCUACUUUUUAUUAGUGUCAAAGUCAAUAUUUUAUCACAUUAUUUCUUCCGUAUUGAGAUUGCUUUUAUUAAAGUUGUUGUUACCAGUGGAGUCUGAGCUGAUUUCAUUCGUGCCAAAACUCUCAAAAAUCUGUGAAAAUGAAUUUACACUCCCCCCUGUAGGAUGGGGUUGUUUUCUUCACAGGACUGAACUGCUCUUUCUCAGAGCUGUCAUCGUGGGCAGUCGAGCCAAUAUUUGUGAAUUUUCCUGCCAAUGUUUUAGACAGCCGAGACUAAUUCGAAAUGUCACUGAACAAAUUCAGCGACGCUAAAGCAAAGACAACCUUUUGUCAAAAUGUAUAAAAGCUGGUUUUGCAUGUAAAUGAGCCUAAUUUUAUGGCAACAAUAGCAGUUCUAAGACUGAGAAAAGUAACCAUGUCAAAUCCCCCGUGUACAGUUAAGUCCGUGUUACCAUCUGCUUCAGAGCAUCACCAAUGUCCUCCUUCACUUCCUAUUUUCAGUCAGGUUAACAAUGAUAUCAGCUGUUCAAGAAAAGGAAAUAAUUACGGAUUAAAUCAUGACUGAACAGAUCUUUCCUCUGACAUUUUCCUCUUUUGGGUCUCUAACGAUCAAGAGUUCAGGGUUCGACACGUGUUUAUUCUGCAUUUUUAUUGGGGAGAAUUCGCUUUAAGUGGGAUGUCUGGUCAGGUUUCAAGAAUCCCCAGGUCCCGUCCCAUCUUUAAUCAACAUGCCAACCCAGACUGGCUGACAAGAUGGGGUUUGUCGUGGCGCAGGUGUGCUGUUGGCUGCAGCUGAAGGUCACCUUCAUUAUUAAACAAGGGUGAGGACAAGGGAGAGAAAGAAGGCAUCUGCACACCGCUGAACAAUUCUUCAUCUCUGCUCUCUUGUCUAUGUUAAACUUAAGUCCCUGCUGAGCGCUGUGCUAAAGGACAGCAUUGUUAUGAUUUCUCAUUAUAAAAAUUAGCUUCUCUCUUGAUGAUGUGAGUAUAAGGUUGAACUUUCAACCUUGGGCCAUGGAAAGCUGCAGGAAGUGUCAACAAAUCUGUUUUGGAUAACGUUGAAGUCUUUGUGCUCUCUCUGCAGGUCUCUUGUGAUCAUCAGCACCCUGGAUGGGAGGAUCUCCGCUCUGGAUCCUCACAACCAGGGAAGAAAGCAGUGGGACCUCGAUGUCGGCUCAGGGUGCCUGGUGUCCUCAAGCCUCAGCAAACCUGAGGUACAACAACACACAUUUGUUGGUUUAAUCAUCUAAACAAAACAAAAAAACCCAGAAUACCGCCUACUGGGCUUGAGAUUGCGGGGAAGUAAUUAAGAACAACGACAAAAAAAACCACCUGAAAUCGAUGUGUACAAAAUAAUCCAGAAAAAAAACCUCUCACUUUUCUUCAAAUUUAUAAAAAGGUCAUCUACUGUCACUUAAAAAGGUCAAACAAACCUUUUUGAUUGAUUAAAAUCCAUCAGUAAAUAAAAAAAGUCACUGUUUUGAAGUCUCGACGUGUGAAUGUGAGGUUAAGGAUACAGCCUCGGCUCCAAACAAACCCUGUCCCUCCUGGCUCUCCUUCUAUAGACUGUAAGCCCGGCAAUUGAACUCGGUGCACUUUGAACAUCCAGCCAAGGGUUGCUGCUGUUGCUUACAUCCAUUUCAUACACAAAAUACACAGCAGACAUACCGCACACCCCCACACGAAUCUGAGAGUAGCUGUAUCGCCUGGAGGAUUAGCCUCUUUGUUGACUGUAUUGGUUUACACAUUCAAGCACAGCGAUACCCUCAUCUGUACAUGCAUACAGAAGCUUUAGCCGCCCACACCGACACGCUGAAAAGUGAAGUGUAGCCCACAGCGAGACCGAAACCUCGCUCUCUGAGACGCAAGGGCUAGAGACUUGCUCGUGGUUCACUUUGAUGUGGACUGGCUCUGUGGAUGUAAGAGUUUAGCCUCGGGGAAAAAGCCUCUGAUGCUAACAAGGGUCUGGGUGGCUGCUGAGAUCAGAUUAAUGUUUGUCUGCUCGUGUUAGCGAGGCGAGUUUAAGGGUAAUGAACUCUCCGCUCUCAUCGUCUGCUGUGAGAAUAAAGAAUCAUGAACAGAAACUCUUCAUGGAGUCUAAUACCUUUUGACAGGUGGGGUUUUUCUCCCCAAAAGAGCUUGUUAUGUAGUUUUGGGUAACCACAGAGGAGUGUUUGCUCGAUAACACAGAUAAAUCCAAACCCAGCUGGUAUGUGAACACUCAGCACUUGGAGGAAUAAACUAGUGAAGGAAAAUGAAGAAGUACUUCCCUGUGUAUGAAUGGAAGCACAAAACUUUCCAAUUAUAGCAACUAGGAUGUUACUCAUUAGAGAAAAUCCUCAUCCCAGUGUCUCAAACCUCCCAUAUUAGUGGGUGAAGUCGUUUUCAAGUGUGAGCCAAUUAGCAUGAAAAACCGAGCCUGAAAAGUUCCCUGAUUAGCAAACCCACCAUUAAAAGGAGGGAAGUAAUCAGUGAAAUCAGCUGCUGUAAGAAAUUAAAGAAGGAACCAUGUGAUGAUGGCACGUGGUUCAGAACUGCCGUGUUUGGAAAUUCAUCUUUCAUUCAACCCGUUUUCAAGGGUCCUUAGGGGUAUUUUUGAGGGGAAGCCCCUGAAGGUAGCUCACAGCACUUCGAGUUUAUACAGUGAAGACUCUGAAGGGAGUGGAGCUUCUCCUCUGGCUGUAAAUUUGACCUUGAAUAUUGAGCGGCACCAGAUAUCACACUUGUUAUAUGGGAAUUUGUUUUGGUGAUUUUCAUUCCUUCAGUUGAGGGAUUGUGUAAUUCUCUCUGGUCUGAUCAAAGUGUCUCCUGCUCAUAAUAAAAAGAGAGAGAGAGAGAGAGAGAGCUGCAUCAGAAAGCAAUUUGUUUUCCCAUAAAUUUAAUUUCCCUGUUUUUCAUUUUCCCUUUUUUUUCUCUUCACUUGAUAAAAAAAUACAAGUAUCUUGCCUGGACACUUGCCUCUACAUAAAAUUGCCUAAUAUCAGACUGUAAAAACUUUGAUUAGUUUUUGAGUAUUUUUUUUGCUUUGCUGUUUUUUAGAAUAUUUUCUUUCUUGUUUCUGUUUUUUGACUAUUUUUUUCUUCUGUUUUUUGUACUUACAUUUUUUCUCUUCUUUCUGUUUUUUGGACAAUUUUUUGGUAACAUUUUUUUUGUCUUUCUGUUUUCUAACAUUUUUUUAAGUAACGUUUUUGUCUUUCUGUUUUCAGACAAUUUUUUUGUUAUUGUUUUUUUUUGUCUUUCAGUUUUUAGACUAUUUUUUUUUUCGUAUAUUUUUUGGUCUUUCUUUUUUCAGACUUUUUUUUUCGUAAUUUUUUUGUCUUUCUGUUUUCAGACUAUUUUUUUUCGUGAAUUUUUUGUCUGUUUUUCAGACUUUUUGUUUUUUCGUAAAAAAAAAAUUGGCUGUUUUCGGAAAAAAAAUUUUCUUAACAUUUUAUUUUUGUAUUUCUGUUUUUCAGACUUUUUUUCAUCACAUUUUUUUUGUCUUUCUGUUUUUCCGACUACAUUUUUCCUGACUAAACGAGAUACUUCAAAAUCCUCACACAAUCACAAUGACUUAAACCACCACAGAUGCUCCAAAUCAGAUGCCAUUUUCCCUCUGUUACAGCUGCUGUUUCAGGCAGUAUGAAUGAAUGACUUCACCACAUGAUGAGUGAAAGAGACAGAUAACUGGUAAUCCUGAAUUUAAUGGGCAGUAAAAAGGGGCUUCAGUUGUACAGAUUACACUUACGGACCCCCUAAAAAGGUUAGCAUUGAGAUGACAAUAAAGUGUUUAUUGUUUAACUCUCAAAAAUGUUUGUGAUACAUAAACAAGGAUCUACAUUUUCUUCAGCCAUCAGAAUAAACCGCUGAAGUAUUUUCAGUGUUCCUAUUUUCACAGCUGCUCUGAAGUCUCUCUCAGGACAGGAGCGAGAGACUGCUAAAAAGUGUCUAAAAAUUCACAGACAGACACACACAUGUAACAUCCUCCCAUCAUCCUGCACUGUGCUGCUGUUUGAUGGCUGAUGAUGCUGACUCUGUUUAUGUGAGUUGGACUCCCAUCCGUGUGUUUUUUAUUUUUUUUUCACCUGUUGGCUUUCAUUUGGCUGACGGAGCGGAACGAGGAGAGAUGCCUGUCAGCUCUGAACCUGGUGACUGGCUGUGAUGUCACUUGUUAUUUUCCCCAGGGACCCUGUAUGCAUGUGUGUGUGUGUGUGUGUCUGCAUGUGUGUGAGCCGUUUUGUAUGAGCUGUUUUGAUCAUAUUCAUGACCUUUUAUGUAAUUUUAAAUCUGGCGUGCCCUGUCUGCCCCCUGUAACCUGGAAUGACUGUCUGCCCUGUGUGUGUUUUUGUGUCUGUGUCGAUGGUGGGUAGACUGCCACUGGCGAACUGCCACCACCACCACCACCACCACAACAACCCCCAUCCCCACCCCAUCCCAUCCCAUCCCAGUGCCUUCUUGGUUUCAUUGGUGCUCGCCGGGUCCCUGAGACACGAGUCUGCUCGGUGAUUAGAGGCUGGGGAGGUUCUGCCGCCGUGUCAUUGGCUGGCCUCAGCGUGCCGAGGAGGAAGCAACCAGUCACCUGCUGCUUCCUGGGGAGUGUGCAUGUGUGUGUUUUCCUCCUUUUUUUUUUUUUUAAGUGAAAUGAGGGACAGCAGCAGAGCCACAAACAGCAUUGUCUGCAGAAAAAGAAGCCAUCACUUCAAAACGCCAAGAGUCGCUGGGGGGAGCGGGUGUAAGAGGGGGUGAAGGGUGUGUGUGUGUGGAGUGUGUGUGUGGAGUGGAGUGGGGGGUUACAGAGAGGAAGUCAGUGCCAACGUGGAGUGAGUCAUUCCAGGGGCUAAAGGAUAAAGAAGAGGGGGUGAGAGGGGGGUGAUCGGGGAGGGUGAGGUAAUGCCUCAGACCAAAGAUGAUGUCAUCACAGAAAAGACAAUACACACACACACACACACCUCUGCUGGCACGCAGCGUGAAUGAAUGAGAGAAUUUGAUAGAUGGCUACACAAUGACUAACGAUUGAUCGCCUCGCUGUGACUAAUGUGACAAGCAAUAAUUCUUGCCGCGCGGCGAAGGAAAUGAAAAAAGCCAGAUGGGCGAUAUUUUUGGCAGAAAGUCGAUCCCUCCCCUCUGCUCGCUCGGAUGUUGUUGUGUUUAUAUUUUGUAUUUGGCUCAAACCCGCAGCAGCACAGGGUCUCAUGCUGUCUCCCGACUUUUAGCGGAGCAUCAGCCUUGUGGGCCAACAGUGACACAUUAGGGGCGGGUGAGAGCUGAAACUGUUUGACAGGAUCGCUGGAGCAUGGGCAGCAACACACACACACACACAUGAGCCAGGCACACACUACCAGAACUGUCUAACCUCCACCCCUACCCAAAUCCCCUCCUAUACAUUUCCCCAGAGUGGGAUCCAGUGGCAUGAUUAACAAUCAAAUAAUCAUCAAUCGCUCCAGCUCCCAUUAAGAAAUAGUGCAGCAUGCCGUAACAACACUAAUAAAGAUGUAGGGGUAACACCACAUGUGCAGAUGAAUAUUUCAGAGAGCAGAAACACAAGCGCACACUGAAGACAAACCCUGAAUGCUCCCUGCAGCCAACAGAUGAAUAUCUGAAAAUAACUGAAUGACUGUGCUCUCAGUGUGAGCAGAGCAGAGCAGAGCGCAUCAUCCUCACAUUCAAAAAAUUAAAGAGGGUGCAGCUUGAAUGAGUCUUCUGUAAAAUGAAUCGUCAAAGGAAAAAAAAAAAACCCAAGGACUUAGAAGAUGUUUCUGCUGAGAGGACAGAUUUCCUAAUUACUGGAAAGAAAUUUGAAUCAGUUUCUUUUGAAUUUUUUUUUUUUUUUGGAUGUAGUUUUUCCUCGAAUUAGGAGAUAAAAAAAAAACUAACCCCCUUCAGUUUUUUUUAAAGGAUGAUUUUGUCCUUGUUUUAAGAGCUAACAUCAAAUUAAAGCCCAACAAAUGACCUCAUUAACAAAAAAACAAACACCAUUCUUCACAGACAGAAGACAGAGUGGGGGUGGGGCAGUCUGUAAUUUUAUACACAGUUCACGAGGCGAUACCAUUAAUUUGAUUUAAUGAGAGAGGUUUUAAUCGAGUGAAAACCAGAGCAGCAAUAUCCCCUCUUAUGUUAUGGAAAAAACAUCUUUUUUCCUCUGAAAUCUCGUUAGUUUCCCAAACACAGCCGUAAAUAACUCAGAAUAAUUCUACUCCAAUUGGCAGAAACACAGAUUUACAUUUUAAUUGAAUGCAUUCUUUUUCAGCAGGAGGAGAUUUCUGGAAGCUUUCUUGGCAUCAGCGCUCUGUAGAUUAACAUUUACAUUUGCAAAUACAACCUGCUGUAGAUCAGCAGGAGCUCUGUAGAGUGUUGAUCCUUAAAUUGUUGUUCCCUCUCUGAACAGGUGUGCCCACUCACUUAACAGUCAUCAUGUAACUAUCUUUUAUUCUGCAUGUUUGCCUGUACAAUAAGAGGAAUGACUGGAUUUAUCAUGUAUCAUAUAACUUUGCCUUUUAAAGGUACAGUUAAAAUAAGGUUCUUAAUUCAGUAAAAAACAAAUAAUUUACUUCACAUCAUUACAUGUGUCAUUGAGACAAUUUUAUUGAAGUGUCAUUCAGUUUUUAUAAUUACUCCAUGGUCAUUAAGGUUCGUUUAUGUUAAAGACACUUCACAAUUGUGUUUUUUAUGGAGAUAAUUUAGUUUAAAUAGUAGAAAAUAAACUUUGAACUCACUCAAACUGCGGUGAAGAUGUCAAAUCUAUGAAAGAGGAGAAGUGUUCAAAAGUUAAAAAGUGCAGCAGACCUCUGAGAGAUGAUGAGUGACUGUUAGAGUUUGUGCUUCUUUAGACUUCUUCAGUUUAUAACUCAAAUCAAAGUUGAUGUUUUCUCACCAUUCUUCUGUUUUCCCACAGUUCUGAAACACUUGAAGUAGUAUUUUUCAAAAUAAAAGCAUAAUUUUAUAAUAAAGGCGAACGCACUGAUAAAUAUAUCAAAAUAAAAGUAUGAAAAACAAUCGUUCAGUCAGGCAGUGUCAGUGCUGAUGUUGUCAUUAAUCGAUCAUUAAGUUAAGCAUCAUUAGAAAUAACUGCUUUUAAUAGUAGAGCUUUUAAAAGUGAUCGAUUGGUCCAUCCUUGUCUUAUCUUUACUCAAUUUGACUGAUUGAUUGAUUUUAAUUUUAAGUUUUCCAUCGAUAUUGUGAUAGUAUUCUUAUAAUAAUAUUUCAUGGGCAUAAUAAUUGUGAAAAUCUGAUAUGGAAACAGCUCUAACCACUGCAUAAAUAAUACAACUUCUAAGAUAAUUCAUGACAGCUUUAUCCGGCUUAUCUUUAAUUUUAUUUCAUAGUUGUCAAGAGUUUUGUAAAGUUACACGGCAGAUGAACAAGUGCAUAAAUCAGCGAUAAGGAAACAUGAAUGUGCCCAGUGUUAUUAUCUGAACACGUGGAGCAGCUGAGAGGAAAGAUCUGGUGAUAAAAGUCUGAGCUGGAUCAGACACAGAUUAAAGCAUCAGGAGCAGGAUGACUCAUCCACGGCUCUGAGAAGUUCCCUUCUGCUGCUGUAAACCUCUUUGCACCCCCUCAGCCAUUCCAGCAUGGUGUGAUGUGAUGGUCAGAUUGUUAACCCCUCCUCCUUUCACCUGCUAAAUUUAUCCUCAUCUUCUCUAAACCUCCACCCCCCCUCCCUCUGAAAAAGAUGACAUCACCUCUGCUCUCUUGUAAAUCACUCUGUCACACUUUUCUGCCUCCAAGCGUUUUUUAAUCCACCACAGAGCUAUUACACUGAUUUCUUUCAUAGUCUAAAACAAGGUGAUUGAUACGUUUAAGGUCCAGUACCGGCGGCACCUGAUGUCUCCAUCCCACUCAUGAGAUCAAUACCCUGGCCUCAACUUCUGUUAUGUCAGCGAACAUCUUUUAAAACAGUGUGACUCACAUUUUGGACUAAAAACAAACUCUUUUCUCAUGACAGUCUCUGUGAUUUAACGACUCGAGUGCCUGAAGAAAACUGUCCCACCCCCUGAUGAGUUAAAGCUUUGGAGGCUAAAUCAGGAUUAGGCUCCGAUUUUUACAAUGAUGUCAUUCUUUCUGCCCCCCUACAGCGAGCAGCACCCAAUAGCACACACGCACAUUAUCUACAGUUCCUCACAUAUAGAGAGAGAUCCAGGUUAAUUACUUAGGCUCUUAGUUGUGUAAUGGUCCCAAGCCUGUGGAUUGAGUCCAAGUGUGUGGGGGCUAGAGCUGCUGCCGCUGUGUGGGCCAGUGUUGUCUGUGUGGGCUGCUGUCUUUGUGCUUGAAACAUAGUCUGUCUGAGCUGUAAAUCACUUUUCCAAACUGUAACAGAUAUAUUCCAGGAGCUUCGGUGUGUGUGUUCGCUAUUGCAUCAGGCAAGAGUAAUGCAAUUAAGAAAUAGCAUUCUCUUACUUUAAGACACUAAAGUAGAGUCUGACGGUGAUAUAGGAGUCUUCCCGCUGAAGUUGCUGUAUUACCUCACGGUGGAUUUUGUGUCUCAGGGGGGGAUGUUUCAGACAAAUUUAGUAGGAGCAUGUCGAGUCACAACAAACAUAGCAUAGAGCCUAAAGUGAGUUCCUUUACCUCAUUGGAUGUCAGAGCUGAGAGUAACUUCAAACCUGAGUCGACUGCCUUCCAAAGUCAGAAAGUAGUCCCUGCUGCUGUUAACAUUUCAUAAUAAUAAUAACUUUAUUUUUAUAGCAUUUUUAAAAACAGAGGUUAACAAAGUGCUUUGACAAAUAGUUAUACAGCACAGAACAUCAGCACAUUAUAAAAAAAACAAAUACAAAACAAAAGCUCAGUUAAAAACAAGACCUCCGAAUUGAACGCCAAUUUCAUUUGUCAUAUGGAACCCAGACAAUACAAGAACCCUACGACAUAAAAUGAGACCAAGAGGGAGAAGGAAGAAGAAAUGUAUUAAAAAGGGGGGUUGAAAGAAAAAUAAUUAAUUGUAAUGAUAAAAUAGAAUAACAAAAAUAAGCAGGAAAAAACAUUAAAAUUAAUGAAAGGCCUAAAAGGUUAAAUAAGAAAAGAUUAUAAGUACAACAAAGGCUAAAAAGACAGGAAGUUGGAAUAAGAUAGAGGUAAAAUAGAUAAAAGAGAAAAGAAAAAAGAGAGAGAGAUUUUAAGCUAUUGACAACAUGUAGUGUUUAUCCGCUCUUUAGUGGUUCAUGUCAGACUCAACAGACAGAUACCCUGUUUCUCUCACUUGUGGAGUACCUCAAGGCUCCAUAUUAGGACCUGCACUGUUUACCCUCAAGAUGUAAUUAUCAAAAAACACAAUGUUUAUUCCACUGUGAUGCAGAUGAUGCACGAUUUCCUCUGAUGUUAAACCACUCUGGUGAUUUCAAAGUCUCCCAACUGCCUUUACGAUAUCAAACACUACAGCUCAGGAAGUAAUUCUGCUUGGUCCACCACAAGCCACACAGGAAAUUACUUCAGAAGUUUGACAAGCAAACAACAACUGUCUUUAAAAGCUGCCGUUUACACCUCUGAAAUUAUGUCUGAUUUAAAAACAAGUUCCAGUUUCCAAAUUUCUUCUUUGUAUUUCUCCUUUUUCCUUGACUGAGACUCACUCAUUUGUUUUUUUUUUUUUGUUUCUGUAGGUGUUUGGCAAUAAGAUGGUCAUUCCUUCACUGGACGGUGCCUUGUUCCAGUGGAACCGGGACAGGGAGAGUAUGGAGGCAGUGCCUUUCAGUGUGGAGUCCCUGCUGGACUCGUCCUACCGAAUCGGAGAGGACACUGUACUGGUUGGGGGCAAAUCCCUCACUACUUAUGGCCUUGGUGCAUACAGCGGCAAGGUCAGUAAAAGUACUUUGAUUUAACUUGAGGCUUCUUAGAGUGUUCUGUACGUUGAGAAGAAGUUGAAGUAAUCAUGCUAAGUAGUUUUAAAGUGUUCAAUAUCACCACAAAGUCGAGGCAGACUCUAACCCUAUUUGUAAUUUCCCUUCAGCUUCGGUACAUCUGCUCCGCGGUGGGCUGCAGUCGCUGGGGGGAAGACGAGAUGGAGGCAGAAGAUGUGCUCCUGCUGCAGAGGACUCAGAAGACGGUGCGAGCCAUCAGGCCACGAUCAGGGAUGGAAAAGUGAGUUUAAUUCAAUCAGUCAAUCAAUCAGUCUGUCAGUGCCUGUCUGUCACCCGCUCGGUCAGCCAGCCAGCCAGUCAGUCAGUCGGGAUGACUCAUGAAGCACCUGCUGAGUCCUGUUUAGUAUUCCCAAAGCAUCAGAGCUUCUCAGUUGAAUUACCAUCAGUGGAUUUUAAUGAAAUUCUGCCUCUAGGACUUAACAUUGUUAUCACUGAAACACACAAUACAGACUGAUUAUUGUGGAAAUGACUUUGUAAUUAUGUGAUGAGGUAUUAUUUUGACUUUUUUGUGGACGUUUUUGCGCCUAGGGAGAUUAGAGAUUAAUAUUAUUGUUGAUACAUUUGAAUAUUUUAAAAUGCAGUUCCAAAAGAUACUAAACAAAUACAACCACAAGCUAUUUUCAUACGUAUUCAUCUUAAAGUCGACCCUAAGUAUGCAAUUAAGUCAAAAAUUAUAAGUGCAGAACAAUAUAAAGUAUUGAUUAUAUUAUCCUUUAUAUUGUUCUGCAGGUGAUGUUUUCUGCUACUGCAAUUUUAUUUUCAUGUCUUUAUUUGUUUUUAUGUGUAUAGUUUAAUUAAUAUUUGUUUCUGCUUGAUGCUUAAUUAAUGAAUUAAUUAAUUUAUUUAUUUUUGUGCAUUUUGAAUCCCAUUAUUAUGAUUUAAUUCAAUUAAUAAAGAAAGAAAGAAAAAAGAAAGAAAGAAAGAAAAAAGAAAAGAAAAAAAACACAUAACAUAAUAAAUCCUUUUCAGCUGAGAUAAAAAUUGUAAAAAUAGAUAAAUAAAUUAUAAGUGAAGUAGUUUUUUUAAAGUGGUUUUGUCUGUCUCUUAAAAACCAGGUGGAACUUCAGUGUUGGAAACUUUGAGCUGAAGCUCCUUCCUGAGACGCAGUCUGGAAUCAACUUCCUGGAGGGAGAAGUGGUGAAUGGCGAAGCCUGGAGGGAGAGCCAGCGAGUCAUCACCGAUGAACCAAAGGACAGUGAGAGCACAGAGAACCAGCAAAACCAGAACAAGAACCUGGACCUCGUGAUUAAAGUUUCUGUCCCUGAUUGGAAGGUCAUGGCCUUCAGCAGUGAAUCGAAUGGACAGCUGGUCUGGGAACAUCAGGUAACACACUGAACACGGUUGUGGUUUAUUUGAACUGCCUGUAAUGGAGAGAUUCACUCUUUUUCCUUUGUGGGUCUCAGUUCUGCACUCCAAUCGCUUCAGCUUGGCUGGUUGGCGGAGGUAAAGUCACACCAAUCACCCUGUUUGAUGACAACGCCUACAGCAACCAGUCCGAAACUGAUGAGGAGGAUGUUGAUGAAGACGAUCCAAAGAAGGCCAGAGGAGCUGCAGAGUCCAGUGUUUACCUCGGUAUAUCCAAACUCUUGCUCUUUCCAGAAGGGGUUUCAACACAAAUCUGUUAUCGUUGUAAAAGUUGUCCCGCAGACUCUAAUGCAUCCAUGAUUCUCUCUGUUUAUCAGGGAUGUUUCAAGGACAGCUCUACCUCCAGUCCUCUGUGAGGAUCACUGAAAAGUUCCCCUCCAAAGCCAUCGGAUCAGAAAAGGACAUCAUUCCAUUACCCACUGUGAAAUGGAAGCCUUUAAUCCGUAAGUCCUCACCUCCUUUAGUCAUUAGGUGUUGAGUGUGAUUACCCAGUUUGUGCAGGCAAUCUUUGGGGCGAGCAGUGAUCAAAGACUCACCUCUUUAUUUUGGCUUUCGACACAAAGGGAAAAUGUUUCUUGUUUUCAGCGAAGGAUUAUUAAUGAGCUUCCUUUUGGGCUUGUUUUGUGCCGCUCUGAGCUUCCUCUCCUUCUCCCCUUUUAAUGUAUGACUAUGCUGUGAUUGUUAUUCCAGCUCUAUUGAUCCCUGCUGAGAUCAAAGCACUUAUUCAUCUUGUCCUUGACACAGAUUCUCCAUCCCGGACACCAGCCCUGGUUGGCUCUGAUGAAUUCGACAAGUGUCUGAAUAAUGACAAAUUCUCACAUGAUGAGUACAGCAACGGAGCCCUGUCUGUCCUCCAGUAUCCAUACGGUGGGAACUUCUAUACUCUGUACCAAACCACAGUAAAGUUUUCAACUCCUAGAUAGGUGACAGAGUAAGGGGACUAAUUUUAGCUUCCUCUCCCCGCAGACAAUGGCUACUACAACCCCUACAGCAAACAUUACAGGGGGAAGCGAAACAGCGCUAUGACUGUGAUAAAGGGAAACAGGGCGGGAGGUGAGAACCGCAGGAAAAAGGACCCCGUGCUGCUGCUGCCCUGGUGGAAGGAGAUCCUCGGCACUAUAUUUUUCUGCAUCGCUGCCACCACCUACAUCGUCCGCAAGUUCUUCCAUCCCCCAGCCCCCGUGAUGUAUGUGAGGGUAAGAGCCUGCAGCGACACGGACACUGAGACUAACUCCUGAUGUUCAUUCUCAUCAUAACUAAAAAUACAGAUACAGAUAAAAACAGAGGUAAAAAAGACAGUUAAGUCAUGUUGUGAGGUAAGUGACAGUUUAAAGUGAUAGAUAAAUUGAGUCUAGUGUUAGUUCAGGCAGGCCAGGAGCUUUGUUAGACAUACAAGGAAAUAUGAUUUUGCUGUUGAAUUUAAAAGUUGUGAAUUCUCAUGAAACUAUCUUGAACAAACGAGUCGAUCUUUCUCUUCUGAAUCCAUGCCACAUUUUUACUCUCCUUUUUUUUUUUAUGUCUCCUCUGUCCUCAUCUGUCCUCCUCCGUCUGUCCCCCAAAGCAACGGAAAGAGUCCGAGACACAGUGCCAGACAGACUGCAAGUUUGACCUUGAGGUUGUGGAGUCCAAAGAGCCAGUUGCUAUGGAGACCCGCUCCAGCGAAUAUGUGUCUAGGUAUGUCUCGGCUAAUCCGCUGUGAAGCAGCGAAAGCAGCAUGUGCUCAGUGUGUGAACGGUUUCUGUCAUGACUCAGGAGAACUCGACGUAACACUUACUACUGAGCAGAGAAUUGUUAUCCUCACUCCAGCACCGGUCUCACUCUCUCAAGGUGUAGCUACAGACUGUGCGCUGUUACCAUGGUGACCACUGGUCUUCCAGCCUUCCUGCCUGGAUAGGACCGGGCAGAGAUAGGAGCUGCAUGAGUGUAUGAUUGGAUAACUCAGCUGUUUGCCAUCAAAUGAAAAUGACCUUGGCCCCCGCAGACCCCACCCCGUCCGGCAGCAUCUGCCACAGGGUCGCAGUGUCAUUUUACAUCACUGUCAGCACAUUGUCAGAAGUUUUUUGCUUUUCGGACAUCCCAAAUAUGAUCAGUAGCCAUAAUUUAUGAGCUGCCACUGACCUCCUGUGGUCUGAUCGAUGAAGUUUGCAUGUUAACGUGUGUUGGUUGAAGAUUAUAGCGCUGCCCCACCCAAAACAUCAGCAGGAAUCUGAUUAAACUGUAGGUUUUUUUCCCUCCUGUUGUCGUCGCUGCAUGUUUUAUUCUCUUGAUCCACCCUAAAAAUGACAAACAUCCCACCCGCCCCUCUCCGAUAAAGCUGCAGCUGCAAUCCAUACAAAUGACUUUAGCUGAAAAGUUUCCCAAAAUAAAACCGGUGGCUGUUGCAGCAGCUGAAGCAGGCGUGAGUCAAGAUCGUCGGGAGUGAGAUAGAGAUCAGGAUACGAAGCCUGGAGCAAUUGUGCCCACACAAAUCUGGAUAAGACAUUUUCAGUUCCCCGAGCUGCACAUGCAGGAAUCCUUUGAUUGGUUGUUAAAGAAGUGCUUCUCAGACAGUUUUAGACCACAGCACCUCUUCUUUAAGGACAGAACUUGUCCUGUAUUUCAUGCAUGUACUGCAACGUGCUCGGAAAUGUCAGUGUAAUGUCAGAAAAUUUUGCUUAUCUGCUAAAGAAAGGCUUCAGUACCAGUUUAAGAGUUAAAAUGCCACUUUUUUAGAUGCUUUAUAUUCUUAGGGCUGCGACAGUUAAGAGUGAUAAUCAAAGCAAUAGAUCCAUAGUCAUUGAUAUGUGAUCUGAUGGUUUGAUGGAGUAAAUUAUCAAGAAAAAAAGAGUCAAAGUUCUUCGAUUACAGCCGGGAAAUAACAUUUUAUUUCUGUUCCUCCUAUAGGACAGUAAACUGAAUGUCUUUGGAUUGUGGGCAUAUCUUUUUGGUAACACUUUAAUUGAUUCCUAUCUCUAUAGUGCCUUAUAAAUAUAUUUAUAAUGCGUCAUAAUCACAUUAUAGCACAGUGUAACUAUAGUUAUAAACACUCAUAAAUGAUCAUAAUGCUUUAUAGCAAUAAUAAUAACUCAUUAUAAAAUAUUUUAUCAUGACUUACAAGGUCAGGUAUUAUAAUGUGUUAUAACUGUUAACAACUGUUGCAAUUGUCGGCAUUGUCGGUGAGUUUAGCAUUAUGAUCAUUUAUGAGUGUUUAUAAUUAUAGUUAUGCAGUGCUUUAAAGUGAUUAUAACACACUAUGCAUAUAUUUAUAAUGUGGGAUUAUAGGGAUAGGCAUCAAAUAAAGUGUAACCCUUUUUUUUUUAAUACUCAAACAGUUAUUACAUGUUUAUAUUCUAGUUGUAUCUGAUUCAAACUGAACUAAAUCACACGUGUACACUCAAAGGUGCCUGACAUACAGAGGCGAUCAUCCAGGUUUUAAUUUUUAAACAGUGAGCCUUUUAUUUCUACAUAAGAGUAGGUCCUCUUCGGCCACAAUCUUGCAAGGAAAAACUAUUAACGGCCACACUCCCAUCUGGAAAAUAGAGAAGAAGAAGAAGAAGACAGCGGCUGUUAUACCCUGAAACAAUUUGACAAAUGUAGGAUUGUACUCUUACUUACAUUAGCGAUCUUAUUUAUGCUGACAAUGAUUUGAGUAGGGGGUCAAAAGCACAAUAAAUAGGCGAUGAGACUGAUACACAACCCCCAAAUGUUGGUGCUUGAAGCUGCGCAGUAUCAGAGGAAGAAAAAGUGUUGUGAGAGUCUUUUUCUCAGUGAACAUCUCAAUCACACAAAAGUAAGCAGGACAUAAUUUCAUAUUUUUCAUGCCCUAAAUAGGUCAAAAACCUCAUCCUGAAAUUAUCGUUCCAGAAAAGCGCAGUGAUUCUGAAUCCUUUCUCCCCUCCUCAGUGGUGUGUGUACUUUGUAAGUCAAAACAUGUCUUCGCUGUUCAGCAUGGGACCUCUAAGUAGAGUCUGUCUUAGCCAAGCAAUUUUUUCUGACAGCGUGGGAUUAGUUUGAAUUCAUGAUACUGUUGAGCUGAGAGAGUUGGUUACCUGCCAGCUCAGCCACACUCAGCCCUGACAGGGAUUUGGCUGCUUAUUACCCUUUAACCACUUAAUAAGCCUCCCUGACCGAAAAUGAAAAGUGCGAUCCAUGGUCUUUGAAAUCCUCUCGAGUGUUUGAGACAGAAAGAAAAAAAAAAAUCUCUGUUCUGCCUCCAAGAGCAGUGUGAUUCUCUGCUCUUUUCUUUUUUUUUUCCUGCAUAAUCAGAAAAGUGUUUUCUCCCCAGGUACCUGACCGACUUUGAGCCAGUGCAGUGCCUCGGCCGCGGGGGGUUCGGUGUCGUUUUUGAAGCCCGCAACAAAGUGGACGACUGCAACUACGCCAUCAAACGGAUCCGCCUGCCCAACAGGUAGCUCCCCUCGCCGCUCCCGCCACAGACUUCCUUGCUCGAGGCUAUUUGCUCUGUCUGUGUCCCUGUUUCCUUUAGAGGUGUAAAACCGAGUUACAUAAGAAGCAGUCUGCCUUUCUGAACACGGAAAAACAGCGCAGAGAAUUCGCUGACAUUUUGGUCCAAAUAUCAGCCGAUGCAUUUCUGUUUGUUUUGACAAGCACACAAAUUUAGCGUUCAGCUACGGCAGAUCUGCAUGGAUUUAUAUUUCAGCCUGUUAUCGACUGAUUCAUUGCACGGUGCAGAACAAACCAGCCUGUAAUUUAUUUUCAUGCCCAGUGUUUUAUUGAAGCAGUCAGUGAUGUAUUAUUAUUGAAUCGAUGUAAAUGUCACUUCAGUCAGCUGCUGUGAUGGAAUAAUUACUGAGGGUUGAGUCAGGAAGCAGUUUUACCUGGAUUCAGGUGUGUGAAGAGAAACUAGGACCAUAAUACAGCCUAAUAAGGAUUAUAAUCAGGUGAUUUCUCUUCUCUUUUCCUCUCUGAAUGGAUACUAAACUCUAACCCAGAUAUUGUCAAUCUUCCAGAGAGUUGGCUCGGGAGAAAGUGAUGCGGGAGGUGAAGGCCCUGGCCAAGCUGGAGCACCCAGGGAUCAUCCGUUACUUCAACGCCUGGCAGGAGAGCCCCCCUGAGGGCUGGCAGGAGGAGAUGGACCAAAGGUGGCUGAAGGACGCCAGGUUAGCUAAAAAGGCCGUCACCCACGUCUCAACGGGGUCAAGCUUGGAGCUCAAACUGCCAGGAAUCUGUUGUUUUUAGGGACGGCAUCCAUGCAGAAAUUUCAGACGUCUGCUGGGAGAAAAACGAGCACAAGUGAUGUCCCUGAUUUUACAUAACUCGCUGCACUUCACUGGUUAAUUAAAACAGAUGUUCAACUGCCGGUGGAAGAAAAACGCACAUUCGUACAAGAGUGUUUGCUUCAGAAAAACGACAGAUGACUCUUUUUUUUUAUUCAUCAGGGCAGAUGGAGGCAAGACAAUAUUAUUAUGAAGCAUUUAUAAAGCACUGUUCAUACAGAAAGCUGUUCAAAGAGCUUACAGUAACAGCAAUAAAUAAAAAUACAACAUCAAGCAGAGACAAUACAUCUGCCAGAUAAACUUGCUGUUACACAAAUGCAGCCAGGCGAUCCCAGCAUUGAUUCUUGUGCACGUCCUCAGACAUUUACACAAUCUGGACAUGGAGUGUCGUAUCGAUACAAACAGCAGGGGCAGUGUAGAGGCAGAGAUCAGAAAUGAUGGGACACUUAAAGACAAGCUGAUAGAACCAGUGCAAAUCUAAAAGUGAUCUGAACGCUCACAGACCGAAAGCUGAAAGGUCCCUGAAAAAUGAACCCAUCUUAUUCAGAGUAACACAUGCUCCGGGUUUGUAAACAGUAAACUCACUUCUCUGUAUUCAUCCUGGACACAUGCAGCGAGUCGUUAAUGAAGAGGAGAUUAGUUUUGAAAUUGUUUUGGUGAAUCAUUUAUUGGUUCAGAGCUCUUGGUUAUGUGAAGAAAGCUCCAUUUCUAAUUGUGAAUCAAGAGACUUUAGCUUUAGACUGUUAGCAGACAAAAUACAAACUUUUAGGAUGUCAUUUGUUGAAAAGUUAAACACUAAACUGACUGGAGGAUUUGUUCAGUACAAAAAUAUCUGCUGCUCUAGUGACUGCACUGUAAAUUCAGCUAAUUUGGGUAUUUUGUUUUUAUUUCUUCAACUGUUUGGAUAAAGCUGCAGAGUUAUCUUGAACACUUUACAGAAAUCUUGAGUGUUUUCAAAGUAAACAUGUUGACUACAACAGUUUGAUUUCUUUUCUAGUACCACUGACUGGCCAAUGAGCUUCCUCGACCACAUGGAGGUGCUGUCAGUCAAAGUUCCAGUGUCCAGCUCGGUGCCACCCGCUCAUGGACCUGCAGCAGACGCUCUGGAGGCCUCUGUGGACACCCAGGCUCUUCUCACCAGCAGCACUGGUGGUGCUGUUGGUUUUGAUAUUGACCUCAGAGACCUGUCCUUCCAGCCGAUGUUGGGCCACGACAGCCUGAUGUCAGAGAGGGACAGCCAGGCGGACCCCGACGCCUCCGACACCCCGCACUCUUUCGAGCUGUGUCCCCCACGCGGCCCCAGCGACUGCACCUCCUCCUCCUUUGACAUCGUCUUCGAGGACUCGGGCUGCGACCGCGACGCGGACGCAGACACGGAUUCGGCUUCUGGUGUGGCCAGUCCGAGCUCGACGACGGACAAGAACAGCUCGUCUUCCUCGCACACCAAGAGACAGGAAUCCGCCCCGCCCUCUUCCUCCUCUCCUCCUCGGCCCACCUCGCUCUCCCUCGCUCUGCCCACAUCUCCUCCAACACAGCGAGUCCAGCCAUCGCCCAAGGUCAGGCAAUCAUUUACUCAGCCAGCUGUAAUUAACUCGUGUGUCAGACUUUCUCACCCUGUUCCAGUUUGUUUUAGCUUAUGACUGCUGCUCCAUCAGUCAUGUCCAAGUUUCAUAUUUGUUUUAAGGUACAGGUUUAAAGUCUACAGGUGCACUUACCGAGCUUCUGACAAAUGUUUUUCUUUCUGAUGGUGUAGACUUUAGUCAGAAAGCUUUCCUGAAAUAAUGGGAUUAUUAAUCAUUCAUUGAUUUGUAUUUUUAAUUCACAGUUUCCUAUCCAACAUAUGGAGAAAACUGACAUCUAGAAUUCACAGAAGAAGAAACUACUACUCUAAAUGUAAAACAGCAGAUUGUCAGCUUUUAAAAAACCCCUCCCCUUGUCUCCAGGUGUACCUGUACAUCCAGAUGCAGCUCUGUCGGAAAGAGAACCUGAAGGACUGGAUGGCUCAGCGCUGCCUCUCAGAGCAGAGGGAGCACAACCAGUGUCUGGACAUCUUCCUCCAGAUUGCAGAGGCGGUCGAUUUCCUGCACAGCAAAGGCUUAAUGCACAGGGACCUCAAGGUGAGCCAAACACCGUCCACUUUUCAGACAUUUAUGAGCGCAGUUAUGCUUGGAUUUGAGGAAUAAAAUAUAAACUUCACCAGGACUGUAUCAUGUUUGCUAAAUAUGCCGUCACAUCUGCUCCUCCAGCCCUCCAACAUCUUCUUCACGAUGGACGACGUGGUAAAGGUGGGAGACUUCGGCCUGGUGACGGCCAUGGACCAGGAGGAGGAUGAGGACGAGCAGAGCGCCCUGACGCCCGCCCCGCUCCUGACCAGACACACGGGCCAGGUCGGCACCAAGCUGUACAUGAGCCCUGAGCAGGUGAGCACGCGAACACAACCGACCCGUUUAUAGAAACAAGACAAAACAUCCAAGAACACAUGAACUGAAAUUCACAUGCAUACUAAAAAUCAUGAACUGAAACAAUACUAAGAUUUGACCGCUGACAAUUUCAACUUCCAUGUUCCUGUUUUCCUGGCAGCUCUCUGGGAACUCGUACUCUCACAAAGUAGACAUUUACUCUCUGGGUCUGAUCCUGUUUGAGCUCCUCUAUCCUUUCAGGACGCAGAUGGAGAGAGUGAGGGUAAGUCAGGAAACAUUCAAACACAUACUCAUACCUGAGUUUACCUGACUUUCUCUUCUGUUAUUGGCUCAUCUUAGACUCACUGGUGACCUUGUAAAUCAUAUUUAUAAAUACAUGCAAACAUGAUUUUGCCUUUUUUUGUAUUUCUGAUUGUUUUUCUCAAGUGUGUGAAAGUCAUAAAUUACAGUCCAGAACCCCCGCUGCUUCAAUUUGUUAAAUCUUUAGAGGAGAGAGACUUUCUGAUGAGGCGGCGAAUCUUUUUGUCUUUUCUUUUAUACUCUCCAUGUUUCUGUUAUGUCUGAAAACUGUUGGGAAAACUGUAAUACAUAAUGAGACGACUUUUAUCUGUGAAUGUUAAUUGUUGUCAGUUUAAACAGUGAGUUAUCUUUGCCCUUGUGUCUGUGCGUGUGUGUGUGUGUGUGUGAUCCACCAGGACUCCUUUGUCUCCGAAACAAAGGACCUGAUUAACCGUUAACACGGCUCGGCUCACAGGUGUUUACAUCCCUCUCUUUCAGACGCUGACAGAGGUGAGAGCGCUGCGCUUCCCCGAGGUCUUCUCCAAAAACAACGUUCAGGAGGUGAGUGGCUGUCUGCUGACACCUUGUGGCUGUAAUCUCAAACUACAACCAGGAAAAUAGAAUUCUUUCUUGUUGCGAAUCCAAGCUGCAAAAACUGAACAGAAAUGGAAUAAAAGUGAAUGAAAAUAAAUGAGCAAAUAUAAAAUAUGGAAAUGCAUGAAGACAUGAAGUCAGUCAUUACUGUCAGAAACAGCCGAAUAAACAUGAUUUUAAUGCUUUUGUGUCCAUAAUCCUGUAAGAACCUCAUUAUAUAUGUGAACAUACAUGAACAUAAACAGUUAACAUGAUCAGCCAGAAUAGUUGUGUAGUACUACACAGGUCACGGGCCAACUGUUUGUGUUGGGUUGGUUACAUUACCUCGUCUAUCAGUUUACUUUGUAAUGAGAUUAACAUAAUCCCGUAGCCUAAUCUGUAAUUAUCCAGCGCUGGAAAUACCCUCGCCCUGUUAUUCUGGUAUAAACACUUUACCAGUUGUUUACAGGAAUGAGCAACUAUUUGAUAAGAAUUUUUUUUUAAAUGUGAAAAAGCAGCAGCUUCACAACUAAGAGACAAUCGAUCAGGCAUCCGUAUUAGUGUGAGUCUGUUUAGUAAGCUGCUAAAAACUCCUCACAGUAGCUUUAAAAAAUAUAUAUAUUUUUUUAAAGGACAGUUAUGUUUCCUAAAAGUUGGAAUAACCGGGUUCCUAUGCAAGUAUGGAAAUAAAUUUGAUCGAUUUCCAGGUCUUUAAGAGUAUAGAAAAUGAAAAUUAAGUAUGGAAAAUUAUUUAUGUUUCCAGACUCUUACCACAGUUCUGAAAUACUGUUUAGUAAAAUAGAAAAGUAGGUAUUUUCAAAGAUAAUUCUAAAAAGUAUGUUAUGGAAAAGUAUGGAAAUUCCAACUGUGUAGUAACUCUGGAAUAAGUAAAACAAAAUACUGAAUAAAAGUUGUGUAAUGGUUAAAAAAACACCUGGAGGAAUGUUUACUAAACAAUUAUGUAAAUUUGUAACGAGUUAGUCACAUGACUGUGUAGAAAAAAAGGUUAUUCUGGGUGAACAAGUAGUUCAACAUUUUCAGAAAAAUGUUCUUCGGCUUCAGGGUUUCAUCAUCACAGUCGAUGAAAAAAGAAACAAGUAAAAUCUCAGUACAAAAAAAAAAAGCAGCUCAAACAUGACUGUAGUAGAAAUCACUGCUUCCACAUGUCUAAAAUGUCACUGUGUCUCCAGUGUUGUUGUGUUUAAUCUAAUGUAAGUCUGAAAUGGUUUAAAACUCCAUCAAUUCUGUUUUCGUGACAUUUGGGAGUCAUUUUUUCAGGGAAUCAGGGUCGUAAAUAAGUCCAGACAAAUCUCAUGAAACAGGAGAAAAUAUUCAGUCAGGAUAAAUCCACUAUUGAAAGUGAAUUAGAGCAUGAAUUAGAAGCAUAUGGUUCUGAUUAGUCCCGGAUCUGCUGAGUUAUAUGCAUGUUUAUAUAAAAGAAUUGAUUUGAAUUGAAUCGCAUAAAUUACGGCGGUGGAAUCACUGUGGCGUGACUCUUUCUAAAAGACGUGUCUGUGUUGUUUGUUUUCUCUCUCUGUAGUUGAGUAUGGUGCACAGCAUGCUGUCGUGGAGCCCCGGCGAGCGUCCCGAGGCGGCUGAAAUCACAGGGACUCCCCUCUUCCAGGAGCUGGAGCUGCCUUUCAGAACGGCUGUGAGGCAGCGCUCCCGCACCUACAGCGCCUCGUCUAUGGGCCGCCCUUCACGCCAGACAUCCUCGACCUGAAAAAAAAAAACAUGACGCAAUACCUUACCCCCAUCCCACUACCCCCCUGUUGGUCUGCAGUUCAAGAGAAACACCUCAGCCCCGCGGCAUCACACACUGCCUCAGACAGAAUCACUUUAAACGCCGAGUUUGACUAACACGCGGGAGUUUUAGCUCGCCGCCUGGCAUCAGAGCAGCGAGACAAAACCCUGCACGGUUACUCAUCCUGGCGAAAUACCCAUGCCGUUAAAUAUUCGCACACAUAAUGCUGCCCAUGCUCCCAAUUGAAAUCACACUAGCAAGUCAAAAAACGAUUUUAAAGCGACAGGCGUUCUGUCGUGUUCAGGACCAGACUCGGCUCAAGUGGCUCUAACCAAUAAUUGUCAGGCUCUGAGUACCAGAUGUGCAGUGUUUACUGUGAUCCACAGAACAUCCGAACUCAUUAAUUCUCAAGUGUUUACCUGUGAUUUUCUACAACGACUAACUGCAUUAUGUGGUACCCUGAGAUCCGUACUGAGAGCUUUUUUGGCUUUGAUUUGAUCCUGGUCUGGUCUCCGCACGCUGCUCGCUCUCCUCAAUCAGCCAGUGUUCACUUAACCACGCUACACCUCAGGUAUCAAAACCAAGAGGACACUCCAAAGGGGCCUUUGAUGCUUGAUCAUCCUAUCUACUAGUGACUAUUACCGAUCACUGGUACGAGCACUAUCUGGUGUUUUGACACCCAGUAUGCCUAAAUUGGGAGACCAAAAAAGACCAUCUUUUUUUUCCUGUGUUUUUUUUUUUUUUUUUUUGAUGAAAAGACGGUGAUGUAUUGAGUCGAGAGAUUUUAUGAGUCCAGUUAAUCAGAUAUGAUUUGCCUUUAGGAAGGGGCCUCCUGGUCCCCUCUGAGUGAAUGCUGAGCCUCCGUCUCUUUUGCAUGUACCUGAUAGGAGAGUGAAGGGAUGAGUGUGAGUUGCUAUCUUGAAGCCAGUACUUUGGAAGCGUUUUUUUUCUCUGUGUAAAUUUACACGAUAACGCCGAGGUGCUCAAUCAUUUUCUAACACCUCCUCUUUGUACAUAUAAUUGAGGGAAAAACCUGUUUAUACCUUUUUUUUUUCUUUCUCUAAUUCAUACAAUAAGUUUGAUCAAACUUGUACAUAUUGUAAGGCGCCAUUGCCUGUAAAUGGCUUUUUCCAUUAGGAGACUGUAAAAAGUGUGAUAUACUGUGGGAGAGGGAACAAAGAGGAGACGAUCUCUGCCAUUAACGGAUAGCUGAAUGUUACAGUGUGACCUCCAGAGACAGAAUGAUGGUGGUCACCUCUUCUGACUUUAUUCUCAGUGUUUGUUUUCACAUGUUUGGGGGUACCGGGUAGAAGAGGUGUGCCCUGCUUUAAGCACCAGAGAACCCACAGGACCAGAGUGCCAUUUGAAAGUCAGCUAAGUGUACUUUUUUCCGUAACUGAUAAUAAUAAUAACUCACCUCACACUCUUCUGAAAAUCGUCCUACUGUGCUCCAACCCUGUCCAGAUGACAUUUACGAUACAGCCACACAAACCCUGAGGUCUGCCGCUCUCCCACCAUGCAGGAGAAAAUAGCAUUUAAGAAGAUGACACUGUUUUACCCUCUCUACACUGUCUACAGGGGACCUGGACCUGAUGUUGGUCGUUUGUUUCAUGUACAUAGGAAGUGCUGGGAGAGUCACAUGACCGCUUUGUAACGACACACACACAAACUGCUAAUUGUAACAUGCUUUCAAUGAUUGUACUUUUUUCUAAGGAUCUUUUUUCUCUCUCUCGCUCGCUCUCUUUUUUUAACUAAGCGCAGUUUUUGGAUUAUCCUGCAGGGUUUUUUGAUUACUGUAGAGUCUGAACUGUGUUUGAUACUGGUGUUUGUUCAUCCAUCCAGUCAGCCCACUGAAAAAUGACUCAUUCUUGUCGUGAAAUGCAUCAAAUCCGUCUUCAGAGUAGGAAAGAGACUGCUCUCACCACGCCAGGAUGACUGAAGGGUUUUGUUCAGUAAUGACACACCAAGGAAAUUCAAGUUCUGAUUUUAGGAUUUAGGAACCAUCUGCAGUUGAUUUACUGAAACAAAGUUUUUGUUUUAUGUUGAAUCAGACGGAAACUUUCACAGCUUAACUCACCUGAACUUGUAAUUAUCACGCACAAAGAGGAAAAUGGAAGUGUACUAUAAACGGCUCCAGAGAUUUACUCCCUCAUACUCAAACCAAGAAAAUGUGAUGAUGAUGAUACUGUUAAGUUUUCAUGCUUUGUAUAUUGUGUUUCAGUCGUUCCACUCCUGUCCUGUCCUGGUAGCUCCUCUGAUUGCUCAUAUAAAGCUCAGACCCUCUUCUUCUUCUUCUCUGACACCUCAGCUCGGACAUGUAGUCGCGUGUUCUCGUGCACAAACCCCCAUCCUCUGUCCAUGUUGAACUGUAAAUAUGUUUAUUUGCUUUAUUUAUGUUUCCACGAUGUGAUCAAUCCUUUUUUGGGUUGGUGUUAUUACGAAUGCGCUUCGUGCGACUGGAGCGCGUUGGAAUAUGAUGACUUCUUACAAGUCUAAAUUUAAUAAACUGUUCUAUACCCUUUGUACAGUUUGGUGUCCUUGGUGUGCAGUCUGUGGGUCGGUGUGGGACUUAUGGGUCAUUACAACAUAGAUACUGAUUAUCACAUUUAAAAUAUGUUUUACCUACUCUUUAAUAAGUUACACUGGUUUGAUACUUCUUAAGAUAAGUAUGGAAGUACGGGGGCCCUUAAGGGUCAAAUGCACAAACAUUUUAUUUCACAGAACAUUUUUUAAAGGUAGUAAAAUGUUUUUAGAUUUUUAAAAAUGUUUUUUUUUUUUGCAUGCUAAUUAUUUUGUUAAUUCAGAAAUCAAAGCAAUUUAUUGUAACCCACUCAGUUUUGAUAUUAUUCUGAAAUAAUUACCAGAAUCUCAUUAAUUCCACAAAAAUGAAAAAAAAUUAAGAAUUGCGUUUUUUUUUAUCGAUAAAAAAGGUAAUAUGUAUUUAUACCAUUAUUUUAAUUUAGAGAAAUUGCAAAGUCAACACAUAUUAUUUUACUAUUUAGUGUUGUAUAAAGUGUACAUACUUGUAUAUUAUUAUUUUUUACGUAUUUUAUGUAUUUAUCUCUUUUUAUAUAUUAUUUAUCUCCUCUUUUUACUUUAUUUGCACUGGAGUUACUGUAGCAAAAAGCAAUUUCUCCCUGAGGAUUAUUGAAGUAUUUCUGAUUCUGAUUCAUAGUUACAAUGCGCUUUAGGAAUUUAAAGUGUAUUCUCUGUUGACAUGAUCAUACAGGUGAUUAUUGUACUUAAUUUUAAUUGUUGAGGAUGUAUUAGGUAGUGAGGUUUUAAUGGAGUGUGUUUAAUUCAAUCAUGUUCCUAAUAUUUUGACCACUUUCUCCAGUGAAAACAUGUGGGGGUCAAAAUAUUUGGAACACCUUUCAAAAUAAACCACUUCCAGUACAACUUAAAAGAAAAAAAUAAAACACAGAGAGGGAGGAGGCCUGUGUUAUGUUCAAUAUUACCAGGAAAAAGUGUUUUAAUAAAUGUGAAUAAUUAUUUUUAGGUAACAAGGGGGCGGGGCUGGUUCGGAUUUCAAAAUAAAAGUUUAAAGUGUAGGGUUUUUUUUUGUUGUUGACAUGUUCAGACAGGUGAUUAUUGUACUUAAUGUUAAUUAUUGAUGAUGUAAUAGGUAGUAGGUUUUUAAUGGGGUGUUUUUAAUUCAAAUGUGUUCCUAAUGUUUUGUCCACUUCAUUGAGUAAAACAUGAAGGGGUCAAAAUAUGUGGAACACCUUUCAAAAUAAAUCACACCCACUACAACUGAAAAGAAUAGAUGGUGGAGCCUGGAGUUUUGUUCAAUAUAACCGGGAAAAAAAUGUUUAAAAAAGCGUAAAUGUUUAUUUUUAGGUAACGGGGGGGGGGGGGGGGGGGGCUAGUUCCCAUUUCAAACAUUUAAAGUGUAAAAAAAAAAUAAUAAAACAAAACACUGAGCGGAGGGAGGAGCACUGUUUUAUGUUCAAUAUUACAGGGAAAAUGUUAAAAAAGCGUGCAUUUGUAUUUUUAGGUAACAAGGGGCGGGGCUUGUUCGGAUUUCAAAAUAAAAGUUUAAAGUCC